GUGUUGCAGCCGAUCUGACAGACGAUAACAGCCGUCCCCAUAGAGACAGGCUCCGACAACAGGGCUGUCCGGGCACCGUUAGACCCGUUAGUCGUCUAUCUGGAGCGAUGACAGCCUCAACAUGACACAGCUGCCUUCUGGACAUUAAUAGUUUCCUCGAAAACACACUCCCGGAUGGUUGCCAAACAGAUUUAUUUUUUAUUAUUGGAUUAACGACCAUCAGCCGCAGCUUUAUCCUGAGAGGCCGGAGAUUUGUCUCUCUGGGCAGGGAGGAGUCCUCUAUCAUUUCACCGAUAGCUGAAGGCAGGUCAGCAUGUUUUAGCACCUCCAUCUCAAACGCAACGCCGUGAGGAGGACCAAAUGCACUCUUAGAGGAUGGACGCGGAUGUGGGUGCUGGUAGGGACAGCACCUGGAGGAGAGCAGCAUCAGCAGCAGCGGAUGAUUCCGGAGGAGGAGGAGGAGGAGGAGGAGGCUGCAUGGAGGCUCAGGUCGUACCUCUGGAGCUCUACGACUCUGCAAGAGCCAAGAUAGAUGCAAAUCUCCGCUGGUUGUUUGCCAAAGCGUAUGGUGUAGAUCACGUCCCUGCAGACCUGCGGGACCCCUUCUAUACUGACCAGUAUGAGCAGGAGCACAUCAAGCCCCCCAUCAUCCGCCUGCUGCUAUCCGCAGAGCUCUACUGCCGGGUGUGUGGGCUCAUCCUGCACGCUGAGCAGGCCGCCUCGCUCCACAGCCACCAGUCUGUCAUCCAGGCCCUGUCCAGGAAAGGCAUCUAUGUCCUGCAGACGGACAACACACCUGUCUCCGAUCUGGACCUCAGCUUGGCUCCCAUCAAGAUGAGCUCCCACAUCCCCCUCAUUGAUGCCCUGAUGAUGGCCUAUGUAGUGGAGAUGAUCAGCAUAGAAAAGGUGGUGUCCAGCGUCAAGCGUUUUUCCAACUUUAGUGCCUCCAAGGAGCUGCCUUUUGACCUGGAAGACGCGAUGGUCUUUUGGAUCAACAAGGUGAACAUGAAGAUGAGGGAGAUCGUGGAAAAAGAGCUGAAAAUGAAGCAACAUCUGCUGGAGUCACCCAGUCAUCAGAAGUCUCCCUCCAAAUGGUACUGGAAGCUUGUGCCUGUGCGUUACCGCCGAGAUCACCUGUCAGGUCGGACACUUCAGUACUUCCCUCUGUUGGACGACCUGCUGAAGGACGUGUGUGACGGCACAGCUCUGCUGGUCGUGAUCCACUUCUAUUGCCCAGAACUCGUCAGACUGGAAGAUAUCUGUCUGAAGGAGGUUCCCUCCAUAGCAGACAGUGUGUACAACAUCCAGCUACUAAAGGAGUUUUCUAAUGAAUACCUGAACAAAUGCUUCUACCUGAAGCCUGAAGACAUGUUGUAUUCUCCACCAGUACUAAAGAAUAAUGUGAUGGUCUUUAUUGCUGAGCUCUUCUGGUGGUUUGAGUAUGUGAAGCCAGAGUUUGUGCAGCCCAGGGACCUACAGGAAAUCAAAGAUGGUAUCACACACGUGCGGUUGCUGCUGCAGCCUAAGGGCUCUCGACCCCACGCUCCCAUCUCCAAUGUCACCAAACGUAGUUUCUUGCCAUCAUCACACUCUGCUGACAACUUGACCACGCCCACAAGCCCAGAACUCAGCACUAAACCAAGCUCAUUAAGCCCAUCUCACUCUUUACUACCCCUGAGGCAGAGACAACACAAAGUGGCUGAGGAGGUCACUUCAGAGCUUAGAAAUAGAUCCAACUCUGUGACACGUACAGAUGGACAGCAUCAGGGCUCGAUACUGGCAUGGCCAGAGAGGAGGCCGAGGCCUUUAUCCCAGCCUUACGGCCUGCGUUGUCCCGUGGAGGACGACGCAGACAGUAUCAGCCUUGCUCGCUCCAUCAGCAAAGACAGCUUGGCCUCGAACAUAAUGAGCAUCACCCCCAAGCACAUGCUGGGGUCAGGUCCUCAGCUGGCUCAGCACAGACUCAGUGGUCAAAGCCUGCUUAGUCACAUGCGCAUAGAGGACGAGGAGGAGGAAAUAGAAGAGGAGGAACUGGUUGCUGUAAUCCACCCAUCUGCGUUUUCUCGACGUCGACUUGGGAGUGACAUGGAGCAGGAUGAGCUGGAAAUCCAGAGUGCUUCCUCCACCUCAAGAGUUUCUGAUAAUCGUCGCUCUCCCCGACUUGACACAGGUCCGUUUACUCCUGACCGCCAGGCAGACAGCUACUAUCUGGAGCCUUUGAUGCCUGCCAUCCCAAAGCCAGCCAAAGAGAAGAGCAUCAGCAUGAACAAGGAGGAGGAGAGUGGUGAGAGUCGCCGUAGUGCUGCUAGGAGAACAGCCACCAACGUCCCAAGCAUCUCUCAGAAGAAAGCCCCUGUGGCUGAGUCAAACAUAAGCACAUUCAUGAACGUACCUGCGGCCGAAUCGGCCCCUCACUGUCUCCGGCCACCCACAGAGGGGUCGGCAGACGUCUCUCAGUCUGGGACAAAACAGCCCCAAGGCUUUUUCCUUCAUGUGUCAGGAGAACCAGAGCGCCACGGUCCUUUCUCUGCUGCUCUGGAGGGAGGGCAUGACUCUGACUCUGACAUUGCAGACUUAGAGGACGAUGACGAAGACGACGGUGAAAUGGAUCUGACUAAGGAGGUGGUGAAGAGGGGAAAGGGAAAAUACUUAGAGGAGGGAGAAGUGCGUGAAUUUGGAGAGGGAGAGGGAGAGUCAGCCAAACUGAGAGAGGACCUGAAGGUUAGUGAGCGGGACGACAAGGAAGACUGCAGCGGCCGCUCGAGCCCUUGCCUCAGUACCGUAUCCUGGGCCAGCAGCUGCAGUGCUUCGGGCAGCGGCAGUGUCAAGAUGACCAGCUUUGCAGAAAGAAAGCUUCUUAAACUCGGCCUCCGUGAUGGAUACUCAAGUACGAGCAGCUCUCAGAAGACCACGCCAGAUGGUUCUGAGGUUGCCCCCUGUCCUCCCUGGCAACUGAGGAGUGACUGCACUUCCGCCUGGACAGGGAGGGACCCUGUUUCUGUGUUGGGGAAAAAUAUGGUGGUGAGCCCCCAAGUUGUGCCUGCAGAGCUGCUGCAUCUUCACAUGCAGCUAGAGGAGCAAAGACGCGCCAUCGAGUAUCAGAAGAAGAAGAUGGAGACCCUGUCAGCACGGCAGCGACUAAAGCUGGGGAAAGCUGCAUUCUUGAACAUCGUAAAGAAAGGUGGAGGGAAGAGUGACACACUUCCCCUGCCCCUGAAACACUCAGAAUCUGCAGAAUUAGCUGACAGGAGCAGAGUGAAGACCCAGUCUUGCAAGGACGACUCCUGUCUCGAUGCUCUGAAGGUCCAGGCAGGUCAAGCAGAGGGAGGACAGAUGAAGAGAGACAACAGGUUGUCCCAAGAUAAAGUGGCUGAACCUGAUUUGAACGAGUGUUCCCACUCCAUAGACCUGCUCAAUGAAGCUAUCAGUUCCAUUCAACAGCAGAUGAUGCAGCUCUCUUUACAGCAAGACCUUCUGAUGAAGCAAGUGGUAUCACCUCCAGAACAUGUGGAAUCAGGCCCUAACACAACCCCCAACACAGCACAAUCAACAUUCUCUACCUCAGACUCCACAUCCUUUGCUGUUCACUUUGUAGAUAUUGGUGGCGGCACCUCCGUCCCUGCUCGCCGUCCCCCCAAGCUUAGCUCCAGCCAACGCAGCAAAGCCUCGGAGCAGAAACUGAGUAAAGACAACAGCAAGACGGCAUCCAGCAAGUCUAAUACUCCGUCCCCUGGAGAAAAUACUGAUAAAGACCAGAACACUGGGAAUAUUGCUGAGAGCUCCAAGUUAGGAAGAAGCUUUCAGAGAAAUGUCACAUUCAGGGUCCGUGAUGACCUCAGCCAACGCAGCAGCGGAGACGGGACCGGCGGCAAAAUGCAGGAACCACAAGUCAUGUCCAGUACAGCAACGUCUUCCUCACAGGCUGCAGAACAACAGACGAACAAGGUUGCCAACUCAGGGAAUGAGGCUGUGGGUGGAAAUGAGACGACCAGGGUCAAAGGUCAACUGAUUGAGGUCGACCUAUCAGAGCUUAAGGAUCCACUGGAGAGUGGAAGUGCAGAUGUUACAGACUGCACGGCAGAGGGCGAGCAGAAGAAUGUACUCGGCUUCUUCUUUAAGGAUGAAGAGAAAGCAGAGGAUGAAAUGGCAAAACGUCGCGCCGCCUUCCUCCUCAAACAACAACGCAAAGCUGAAGAGACAAGACUACGCAAACAACAGCAAGAAGCCGAGAGCGAGCUCAAACGAGACGAGGCCAGGCGUAAGGCAGAGGAGGAGCGUGUUCGUAAGGAGGAGGAGAAGGCGCGGCGGGAGCUUAUUAAGCAGGAAUACCUGCGCAGGAAGCAGCAAGCGUUGAUGGAAGAGCAGGGUCUGGUCAAGCCUCGGCCACGGACCAAAUCCCGCAGGAACAGGCCGAAGUCCCUGCACCGUGAAGAGUCCAACAGUCUCUCCAAAGGAUCCACCACACGUGAUUCUCUGACGGUGUCCAUGUUGAUCAAAGCGAAGGGCUCAGCAGCAGGCAGCAGGGGAGCCGACCUGAGCUGCAGCUAUCGGGGAUCGACGCUCUCUUUGGCGACUGAGGCAGACAGUGUCAUCUCUGGAGGGGCAGAGUCACAGAGGGCUGGAUCUGUGUGCUCCAUGGAGUCGUUCCCCGUGCUGAGCAGGACGUCCAGCAGGAACAUGGAGAGGGACUGGGAGAAUGGCUCCAUAGCCUCCUCCAUCACUUCGAUGGAGUACACUGGUCCCAAACUCUUCAAGGAGCCGAGCUCCAAGUCCAACAAGCCAAUCAUCAUCAACGCCAUCGCUCACUGCUGCCUGGCUGGAAAGGUUAACGAGGGCCAGAAGAAUGCUGUUCUGGAGGAGCUGGAGAAGUGCGAGUCCAAUCACCUGAUCGUCCUCUUCCGCGACGGCGGCUGCCAGUUCCGCGCCAUUUACUCGUACUCACCGGAAACAGAGGAGAUCGUCAAGUUCACCGGCACGGGGCCACGCACCAUCAGCCGGAAGAUGAUCGACAAGCUCUACAAAUACAACUCGGACCGCAAGCAGUUCACCGUCAUCCCCGCCAAGUCAGUGUCGGUCAGCGUGGACGCUCUGACCAUCCACAAUCACCUCUGGCAGGUCAAGAGACCAGGAAGUGCACGGAGGAAGUGAGAAAGAGGAGGAGGAGGGAAAGAAGACUCUUGUUGUAGUUCUAUCUGUUGGGCAGGACCCAAUAAUCUCUGAGAUGACUGACUGAGGAGGUUAGAGGUGGUGGUGUCAGUCGACGAAACACCCGCCAACUGAAUGCUCUGAUGUUUUUCUUUUUGUCUUACCCUGCAUGUCACACGUUUAUGUUUUUUUUAUUUGUGGGUACAUCCUGCAUUAAUUAGGCACAACUGACGACGGACUGGUUCUCAUGUAGCAGCGAGGAGACGGACCCUCAAGUCGAAUUCCUCUGAACCUACUGACACUACUGAUACCAGGUGUAGCUACAGCGAGGCAGUGGUGGACAUUCACUUGACGAGGUCUUGGAAAGUUAAAGCUAUUUCAGCUUGGCAAAAAAACAACAAAGCAAACCCUACUGCUGUGAUUAAUCAAGGCUCCACAAACAGAGCCCCUGUUAUUCACUGCUAACUACUACUGGUCAGUGCUUUUAAGAAAAUGGAGCUUUUUUUAAAAAAAGGUUUAAGUAUGGAGUGGAUGUUAGUGAGCGGUGAAGUCCUGUCUUGUUUUUAUAUUUAGUGUGCUUGGGGAAGUGUGUGAGUGUGUGUGUGUCAGGGGAGGAGAGAGCUGAAUGUGCUGCUCGUACGUCCUGCUCCGAAUGUGUUUUCUCACUCUCUCGAUUAUGCUUUAAAACUUCUGUCAUGCAACAGAACGGUGGAGCAAAGCAAACUGUUCUUUAUUAUUAUUAGUUUAGUGUUGGGAGACGUGUGCUGCUGUUACAGUGGAAGAGAAAUAAUGUUUUUUUUACAGUGGGGGGAAAUGGUCGUCCAAGCGCUUUGAGGCUCAGUGUAUUAUACCUUUUCAGUAGUGCACUAUAUUGUGAUAACUUCAAACUUACACUCCACCGCUCGUACGAGCCAUCUGAGAUCCUUAACUGGUUCAUACUGCCGAACCAGAACGAGCUGAGCGAAGCCACCGGGCCGUUUGCUGCUCUUUUACUGAGAUUUUAACGCAGCUUCUGGCACUCAACGCUGGUGAUUUCCCCGUGAUGACUGACUGUCAGCAGCUGGUACAGUGUGAUGCUGUGGGGUUGGGGGGGCUGCACAAUACUUGAUAUUUGUUUGCUGCAUUUUGUACAUUUUUGAGUAGUAUUUUUUGUACAUUACGUACAAGUUAUGUUUACUAAAAAGCAGGCACUAUUUUAAGGUUUAUUCUGUUACAGGCUUUCAGAGAUGUUAUGAGUCUUAUUUCUUUUCUGUGUUAUAUUGUAUGUUUAUUUUGAAGAGAUAUAAUAAAAUGCAACUAGGUAUGUUUUCUGAUCAAACCCCAAAUGUCAGAC